AACGUUUGCAGUCUCGUAUCUGUCAGAUACGUAACGACGACGAGUACAUAUAUAUAUAUACCACAUAUAUAUAUUCGUUCAAUUUUGUAAAGCCUCAAAAUGCAUAGAGCACAUACAGCCUUCAGUUUGGCUUUAUCGCCCAUGGCGCAUAAAAAUUUUGCCACUUGGCUAAUUAAUAGCAACAGCAGUCAAAGGCUGGCCAAAGUCACUGCAGCUGCAGCUGUAAGGACCUACAAUUCGGCAGCGGCGGAACCUUUUGCCAAUGGCAGCACUGCAUCAUAUGUCGAGGAGAUGUACAAUGCCUGGCUAAGGGAUCCCACAUCAGUGCAUACUUCCUGGGAUGCCUAUUUCCGCAGCAAUACCUAUGUCAGUCCACCCAAUUUGGCUCCAGUGCAGGCCAAUACUUUGCCCCUGACGGCAUUCAAUUUUGGUGGCGCUGUUUCGGGUGCUGCUCCCGAUUCCAAGACCAUUGAUGAUCAUUUAGCUGUGCAGGCCAUCAUACGUAGCUAUCAGUCACGUGGUCAUUUGGCAUCUGAUCUGGAUCCGCUUGGAAUUUUAACGCGCGAAAAAACCGUUUGCAAGGAUGGCCUUGCCCGUCGUGCCAAUGAAGAUGUGCUCAGACAGCAUUCUGGGUUUUUGUUUGGCGAACAGGAUAUGGAACGUCAGUUCAAAUUGCCAAGCACCACAUUUAUAGGUGGUGAUGAGGCUUCAUUGCCUCUCAAGGAAAUCCUAAACCGUCUGGAGAAUGUGUAUUGCAAUAAAAUUGGUGUAGAAUUCAUGUUCAUCAACUCUUUGGAACAAUGCAAUUGGAUACGUAAACGUUUUGAGACUCCGGGCGUAUUGAAUUUCUCACCAGAGGAGAAACGUUUGAUUCUGGCUCGUUUGACACGUGCCACCGGGUUUGAGGCAUUCUUGGCCAAGAAAUACUCAUCGGAGAAACGUUUCGGUUUGGAGGGCUGUGAGAUUAUGAUUCCCGCUUUGAAGGAAAUCAUUGAUGUGUCCACCGAAUUGGGCGUGGAAUCGGUUAUUAUGGGUAUGCCACAUCGUGGUCGUCUAAACACUUUGGCUAAUGUCUGUCGCAAGCCCUUGAAUCAAAUCUUUACCCAAUUUGCUGGUCUCGAAGCGGCUGAUGAUGGUUCUGGUGAUGUCAAAUACCAUUUGGGUACAUAUAUUGAACGUCUGAAUCGUGUGACAAACAAGAAUAUUCGCCUUGCCGUCGUUGCCAAUCCCUCGCAUUUGGAGGCCGUCGAUCCUGUUGUCCAGGGCAAGACCAGGGCCGAGCAGUUCUAUCGUGGCGAUCAAGAGGGCAAAAAGGUCAUGUCCAUAUUGAUUCACGGUGAUGCCGCCUUCUGCGGACAGGGUGUUGUCUAUGAGACGAUGCAUUUGUCGGAUCUGCCAGAUUAUACCACACAUGGAACCAUUCAUGUGGUGGCCAAUAAUCAAAUUGGUUUCACCACCGAUCCUCGAUUCUCGCGCUCCUCACCCUAUUGCACAGAUGUCGCUCGUGUGGUGAAUGCCCCCAUUUUCCAUGUGAAUGCCGACGAUCCCGAGGCUGUGAUGCAUGUGUGCAAGGUCGCUGCUGAAUGGCGUGCCACUUUCCAUAAGGAUUGUGUCAUCGAUUUGGUUGGCUAUCGUCGCAACGGACACAAUGAGAUCGAUGAGCCGAUGUUUACGCAACCUUUGAUGUACCAGAAGAUUCGCAAGCAUAAGAAUUGCUUGGAUUUGUAUGCCGAUAAACUGAUUGCCGAGGGCACAGUCACGGCCGAGGAGGUUAAGUCGGUGGCAGCCAAGUAUGAGAAUAUUUGCGAAGAGGCCUUUGUUCUGGCCAAGACGGAGACACAUGUCAAGUACAAGGAUUGGUUGGAUUCCCCCUGGUCGGGCUUCUUUGAGGGCAAGGACCCAUUGAAGGCGGCACCAACUGGCAUCAAGGAGGAGACCCUGAAUCACAUUGGCAAUCGUUUCUCAUCGCCACCACCAAAUGCGGCGGAAUUCGUUAUCCACAAGGGUUUGCUGCGUGUCUUGGCCGCCCGCAAGGCCAUGGUGGACGAGAAAAUUGCCGAUUGGGCUUUGGGUGAGGCCAUGGCCUUUGGUUCUCUAUUGAAGGAGGGCAUUCAUGUGCGUCUAUCGGGUCAGGAUGUAGAGCGUGGCACAUUCUCGCAUCGUCAUCAUGUGUUGCAUCAUCAGCUGGUCGAUAAGGCGACCUACAAUUCGCUGCAGCACAUGUAUCCCGAUCAGGCUCCCUAUUCCGUUUCCAACAGCUCAUUGUCGGAAUAUGCUGUGCUAGGUUUCGAGCAUGGCUACUCGAUGACCAAUCCCAAUGCUCUGGUAUUGUGGGAGGCGCAAUUUGGUGAUUUCAGCAACACGGCCCAAUCGAUUAUCGAUCAGUUCAUCUCGAGCGGUCAAUCGAAAUGGGUGCGUCAAUCGGGUCUGGUGAUGUUGCUGCCCCAUGGCAUGGAGGGCAUGGGCCCAGAGCACUCUUCGUGCCGCGUUGAACGUUUCCUGCAAAUGAGCUCCGACGAUCCCGACUAUUUCCCUCCCGAAUCCGAUGAGUUUGCCAUCAGACAGUUGCACGACAUCAAUUGGAUCGUGGCCAAUUGCACAACGCCAGCCAAUUAUUUCCACAUAAUGCGUCGCCAGAUUGCCUUGCCCUUCCGCAAGCCUCUGAUAUUGUGCACACCUAAAUCUCUGUUGCGUCACCCCGAGGCCAAGAGUCCGUUUAGCGAGAUGAGCGAGGGCAGUGAAUUCCAGCGCAUCAUCCCGGACAAUGGGCCAGCUGGACAGAAUGCCAGCAAUGUUAAGAAGGUUGUAUUCUGCACGGGUCGCGUCUACUACGAUCUGACCAAGCUCCGUACUGAGAAGCAGUUGGAGAGUGAUAUUGCCAUUGUGCGUGUGGAGCAGAUCUCGCCCUUCCCCUUCGACCUGGUCAAGGAGCAGGCCAAUCUCUACAAGAAUGCCGAACUUGUUUGGGCCCAAGAAGAGCAUAAGAAUCAAGGUUGCUGGACCUAUGUUCAGCCACGUUUCCUUACCUCUCUAAAUCACAGUCGCGAUGUCAGCCAAAGCGAUGAACAAUCCUCCUACUCCAAUACAACUACUACUACUUCUACUACCGAUAAUACUACUAAUAAUGAAACCAAUUCAAAUUCUGAAUCGAAACCCUGGCUAAGUCGCAUGUUUACAACCAGCAACACAGAAUCGAAUCAAAUCGGUGGCGAAUCUACUUCCAUCUCGGGCAAUUUUAAUGCCGCCAAGCAUUUUGAUUUAAAGAAUGUCAAAAACGAUUUCAAUAGGCCCGCUGGCAUUGCGGCUGCCCCAGGUGUACGCAAAUCGAAAACCGGACGCAAAAUUAGCUAUGUUGGACGUGCCUGUGGCGCCUCCACAGCCACCGGAUCGAAGGCCCAGCACAUUCGGGAACUGAAUGCUCUACUCAAUGAUGCGAUUUCCACCUAAAUGCAAAUACCACAGAAUCGAUAAACAAAAUGAGGAUAUAUAAAGUUAAUGGUGAAGAAUUAUUAAUUACGAUUAUAUAUUUUGUAAUAAUUGAACAAGAUGAAGCAAAAAAGUUGGGCAGACUCUUUGAUAUGAUGAUUUAUAUAUACCUAAUAUAUAUAUAUAUAUUUUGCUGACGACAAAUUUGUUAAGUGCAUUGUGUGAAAUUGAUGAAAAUGAAAUGUUAAAUAUUAGUUUAGUGAAAUUACAACCAAUACAAACAACAACACGACAAGAUUGUUUAGUGUUUUAGCAAACAAAGAUACAAUUUAACAACACAAGAAAACAAAAAACAAGCAAAACUAUAAACUCACAGCAAAUCUUUUAAGCAAAACUAAAGAGCAUUAUCUAGUAAAUAAAAUCAAGAAGGAAAGAUGAAAAACAAAAACACACACAGAACAACAACAACAACAAUUACAUAAAAAAUGAGUAAAACUUUUGAAUAAAACAAAAAGAAAAUCAACAAUUUUCCUAAUUUUAUUAUAACUUUUAUGUUUAAUAUUUAUUUUAUUGUAUUAUAUACACACACAAACGAAAAAAAAAAACAGAAAAUAUAAAUAUAGAUCGAUAUAGCUAAAUAAAUAUAUAUAUAUAUAUCUUUCUAUAUUUGUAUGAUUUAACUAUCUCAAAAAAAUCGUAUGGGAAAAAAAAUGAAAAAAGCGUGAGAAAGAUUUACUUUUCAAAUAAUCAUUCAGAAUAUGUUUUUGUUUGCCUAAGUUAAUCACAUUUUUUGUUUAUAAAAUAAAGAUGAUGAACACGAAAAAGAAUUAUGAAUGUGUGUAAAAUUA